AUGCAAGUGAUUUUCACUAUUCCACUAGCCAUUGGGAUCUUUUUCUUCUGGAUAGCCUUGAACUCGACGCUGAAACCAGCAACUGGAUCGGAGCAGCAGAUCCCCUUAUCUAUGGUAAAGCUCUGGGCCUCGGCAUUUGGUGGAGAGAUCAAAUCCAUAGCAGCAAAAUACUCAGGUUCUCAGCUCCUGCAGAAGUCUGUCUUCUCAAAAUACAAAGAAUUUGAGAAGGAAGUCUCCAUAGAAGAAAUAGAUGGACUCCAACUUGUCAAAAAACUUGCAAAGGACAUGGAGGAGAUGUUCCACAAGAAGGCAGAGGCAGUUCGGAGGCUGGUUGAGGCGGCUGAGGAGGCACAUUUGAAGCAUGAAUUUGAUGCUGAUCUACAGUAUGAAUACUUCAAUGCAGUCCUCAUAAAUGAGCGGGAUGAAGAUGGAAAUUUUGUCGAGCUGGGAAAAGAGUUUUUGCUUCUACCGAAUGACCAUUUUAAUAACCUACAUGUAAACGUCACAUUGAGUGAUGUCCAAGUGCCAACCAAUGUUUACAACAAAGAUCCUGAAAUAGUGAAUGGAAUUUAUUGGUCGGAGUCUUUAAAUAAGGUGUUUGUGGAUAACUUCGACCGUGACCCUUCCCUCAUAUGGCAAUAUUUUGGAAGUGCGAAGGGAUUUUUUCGGCAAUACCCUGGUAUUAAAUGGGAGCCAGAUGAGAAUGGUGUCAUUGCAUUCGACUGCAGAAACCGAAAAUGGUACAUCCAGGCAGCUACCUCCCCAAAAGAUGUAGUGAUUUUGGUUGACAAAAGUGGGAGCAUGAAAGGACUCCGUCUGACGAUUGCGAAGCAAACGGUAUCCUCUAUUUUGGACACCCUUGGAGAUGAUGACUUCUUCAACAUUAUUGCCUAUAAUGAAGAAAUUCAAUACGUAGAACCGUGUCUGAAUGGGACGUUAGUACAAGCAGACAGAAACAACAAAGAGCACUUCAGGGAGCAUUUAGAUAAACUUUCAGCCAAAGGGAUAGGAAUGUUGGACAUAGCACUGAACGAAGCCUUUGACUUGCUGAAUGAGUUCAAUCACACAGGAGAAGGAAGCAUCUGCAGUCAAGCCAUAAUGUUAAUUGCUGAUGGAGCUGUUGACACCUACGAUACAAUAUUUGCCAAGUACAACUGGCCAGAUAGAAAGAACCUGGUCAUUAUGGUCAACUUCCAGUCCACUGAUACUACUGAUUGA